AUGGCCGGGUUUAGUUCCGGCGUAGAUCACAAAUCGCUUGUGUUUCAAAUCCUCAUCCCCGUCUUCUUCUCUCUCGCCCUGUACAACGUCAUCGAACUUACGUUUCUUAUUUUCCAUACCUUUAAGCGGCACUCGGGUCUUUAUUUUUGGUCUUGUGUAUUUGCCACCGGGGGUCUUGUCUUCCAAACUGCUGGUUUCUUCAUAUUGUAUUAUGCAUCUCCAUCGGUGGCAUAUCUGGCGGUGACGAUAUCGCUUUUGGGAUGGAUACCAAUGGUGACGGGCCAGUCCUUAGUGCUCUGGUCUCGAUUACACCUCAUUUUACACAACCGACGGCGUCUAAGGAUGAUCUUAUGGAUGAUUAUUAUCAACGCCAUACUAUGCACUGGAGGGAUCACCCCUAUGGUAUACGGUUCCGUUGCCAAUCCAGAGCUAUUCCACACGCCUUUUCAAGUCAUGGAGAGGAUCGAAGUCACCAUUUUCUUUGUCCAGGAACUGAUAAUAUCUGGAGUUUAUAUCUUCGAAACACUCAAGCUCAUGAGAGUACAGCAAUCUCUGGGGAUCAGUCAAUACGGCCGCUCUCUCAUGAAACAUCUAAUUAUUGUCAAUAUCAUAAUCAUCAUCCUAGACGGCACCAUUAUCGCUCUGGAAUACGCAAAUCAAUGGGAAUACCAAACUGCUUAUAAGACCUUCGCGUACAGCGCGAAAUUAAAGCUGGAGUUCACGAUUCUUAACCGUUUGGUCGACAUGACAAAACGAACUAAGGAAGCCCGCGCUCCGCCACAGGAGCCAAGUUCAACAACACGAACGAUAAGUCAAACCGGAUCUUCUAUUGCGCAGAAAAGCUUGAUCCAAGCCCCAGGCGAAGCGCAGCCGUGUGAUGUCUCUUUUCGGGCAACUGCUACGGCAGAUAAGGACGCGUCUUUAGGAGGGGAUCGGCCAUCUACGCCGAACCAGGGAGUGCUUUGUACCACUGAGGUUGUCGUUCAGCGAGAAGAUCGUUGUACUGGGCCAGAUACGUGCACGCACGUACAGACUCUUACCCCAGGUGGUUUCACUAAAUAG